CUAUUCCGUGAGAAACUCGUCUCUGGAGCUGGAACAUGUUCCGAAUCUCGGAGGACGCUUUGUUGUGUUUAAAACGUCUAUCCUGCCCUUUUGUGGCUGCUUUAACAGAAUAAUCUAGUAAACGGAGUGUUUUUUAAUGAAUUCCCUCAUCCUUCAUACACGACACAAUCCAUGUUAAUAACGAGGAGGGGGAGAAACGACUGACAGAUUUCUAAAAGUUUCGCAUAGUUGAGCGGUUUGCGACAAUUGAUUGUGAGGACUGAGAUUUCCGGCUUGUUUACGUUACGUAAAGUCCCACCGGCGUAGCAGAUCGAUUUAAAUGUCUGUUUCUCCUUUCUAAAAUGGACCGAUGUGGCCGUGGAAUGAUGACAGCAUCCAUACUUGUGAGGCGGCGGUAGUUUUCAUCCCUGGCCCACAGCUGCCUCCGGGGAUGUGCGGGACUCUCCCAUGAACUCCUUUGGUUUCGCCGUUCGAGGCCUCCCCCUGGCCCUCGUGUCCAUGACGCAGGCUGCUGCCUGGGACCUGCGCUUCCACCCACGAUGGAGAGCGAUUAUCGUGACCACCCUCGUGGCCUUAGUGCUCACGCUGUACCUCCGCCGGACAGUGGGGAGCACAAAUGCGCCAAUCAAAGGUAGUUUCCAAGCACGCGAAGAGGCGGAGCAGGAUGUAAGGUCACAAAGACUUGCUUGGCGUCUGAUGAGGGAAAAGCCCUACAACGACACAUACCCGUUGAGUCCACCAGAGAGGACGCGGCGCGGCGUCCGCUACCGCGUAGGCGUGAUCGCAGACCUGGACACGGCGUCCCGCAACGCCAAAGGUCAGACGUGGUUCAGCUACAUGAAAAGAGGCUACCUGACCGUUUCAGAGAGCGCAGACAGACUGGACGUGGAGUGGGACGCGGACACGGUCACCCUGGAGAGCAGCCUGGCUGAGAAAGGACGAGGUAUGGAGCUAUCAGAGCUGGUGGCCUUCAAUGGUCACCUGUACAGCGUGGAUGACCGCACAGGUGUGGUGUACAGGAUAGAGGGGAGCAGAGCCGUGCCCUGGGUGAUACUACCUGACGGCGAUGGCUCCGUGUCUAAAGGGUUCAAGGCGGAGUGGCUGGCAGUGAAGGACGAGCACCUGUUUGUCGGAGGUCUGGGGAAGGAGUGGACGACGACGUCCGGGGAAUUCGUCAACAACAACCCGGAGUGGGUGAAAGUGAUCGACCACAAGGGCGGCGUGGAGCACGAAAACUGGGUGCCUUAUUACGACGUCCUGCGGAAAGCCGCAGGGAUCAAACCACCAGGUUACCUCAUCCAUGAGUCGGCAGCUUGGAGCGAGCGUCUCCAGCGGUGGUUCUUCCUACCUCGCCGGGCCAGCCACGAGCACUACGACGAGACGGCGGACGAGCGUCGAGCCACCAACCUCCUGCUGUCCUGCCCCGCCGACUUCACCCACGUGGCCACGCGGCGCGUCGGACCGCUAAACCCCACCCACGGCUUCUCCUCGUUUAAAUUCGUCCCCGACACGGACGAUCAGGUCAUCCUGGCCCUGAAGUCGGAGGAGGACGCGGGCAGGAUCGGCACGUACAUCCUCGCUUUCACGCUGGACGGGCGGCUGCUGAUGCCCGAGACCAAGAUCGGGGAUGUGAAGUAUGAAGGGCUGGAGUUCAUUUGAAAGUGGCGGAGGGGAGAAAUCUUCGUUAUAAAUUCUCUGAUUAGUAGGUCGGUCUUUACAUCCAUUCAGAUUUACAUCAGGAUAACAACCAGCGGAACACACUUUUAUGCUGAAAGGUCACAGGUGAAGGCUCCAGUCACCAGACAGAGCAUUAUUUUUACGCAGAGUCAUGCCUAUGACACAUGGGUGCUGCUAGAUGUUUCUUUUUUCUAACUAGGACAGAAGAGACCUGACUAGAGUUGUAUACUUUAAAGCAACUAUCCACUGGAUAAAAUAUUAGAUGCCAAAUAUUUUCCGUCGAUACCGGUCUUAAUUACUGAUAAUGACGAGCACAAUGGUCUUUAAUGUGGAAGAUUAAAUGGUAUUUUAAAAAAAUCAGACCACAGACCAGUUUUAUCCUUGCACCUUUAAGAAUCCUGAGCAGUCUGUGGCUAUUUUUUUAUUUGGCUAGCUUGUUUUUCUUAAAAUAGCUUUUUCAUUUCAUCCUCAAACUGGACUCACCGAAAUGGUUUUCAGAAACGUUCCUGGGCUCAUGCAGGGAAGCCUUUUCUGCUUGCAUGCAGUUCCAGUCAGAAGUUUACAUACACUCAUCAUGUGCAAGACUGAUUCAUUUGGGAGCUUUUAAUGCUGUAUUUGAACCUUUAUAGUUCAUUUAAAUUGCUUGGUUUUCUGGCUUUAAGAAAAGUCAAUAGACUUUUUAUUUUGUUGUCUCCUUUGUCCACUCUAGAUCCCAUUUUGAUAUGAAUCUGGAAUCAUUUCCUGUUGAAACACCCAGCUGUUUCCUAGUUUUAACCAUCUAGUUGUACUCCUGGGUCGUUAGAAGCUACAGGGCAUUCCUCAAAUGACGUCACAUGGAGACAGCCGGGUUUCCAGGCAGGUCAGACAGGAAGAGUGCAAACUAGAACGGCAACAACCACAGUACCAAUCAUUUUGGAAGAUGACAACGUCCCAGGAGCUUCAUUUCAACCUGCUUUAAUCGAGGAACUCAGCGUAGAACAGCUUAAACGCUGGUUGAAAUGUAGAGGCCUCAAAAUGAGCGGAAAGAAAGCAGUAUUAGUAGAAAGGUAGGCGAGGCUGUCCUCUCCUCUCUCACAACGGAUCAAACACCAUAAAGAAACCGGCUGAAUCCGCGUAGAGUUAGAGAAACUAAGGAAAUGUACUUUUCCUGUCCGGGGCGGGUGAUGAACCCCGUUCUUGUUGCGCGGCGCAAUAAUCAGAAAAAAGGGGUUCAGUCGGAAGAAAGCCAAGCCAAAAAAAAGCGUUCAAAAAAGAACCCAAUAAACCACAACUGGCGACUCACCUUAAUUGCUAGUGAUCUUAGAGAAAAACAAGCACAAAAACGCUUAAUAAGUGGACUGCUCCACACUGAAGCUAGCAUAGACACCCCUCAUGGAUUGUCUGAGCAUAUGGUUACAAAAAUCAUACAGAGUCACUCCAUCCAGAUACAAGCGCAGCGGUGUUUUGUUGUUGCCAUAUUAUUGUCUGUUGAGGCGAUAUUCAGGACAGAUCUGUUCACUAUAUAACAUUUGUACAAGAUUCCUACUUAGGAUGACCGUAUGUAAACCUUUGGCAGGAAAUGUAUUUGUUUUACAUUCCAUUUUCAGCAAUUCCUAUACGAGAUCUCGCCAGGCUUGCUGUAAACGUCAUUAAAAAAAACCUGACUUGAAAUGGAAAUAUUCUUUUGUUUGCAAUGAGAUACCCUCCAUUUCUCAACAGCUGAAAUAUGUACAAAUAAUUUUCAGCUGUUGCUUUCAUAUUUUUGUACAGAUAGUUUCUUUAACUUAAAAAGAUAAGCCGGUGCAAAGUUAAAGAGAAAAACCAGUGGCCGGAUUCAGAACUAUAAUUGAACCACGUCCUGACGAAACAAUUGUUUUAACGAAAUGUACAUCAUAAACGUUGCACUUCUAUUUUUCCAUUUAACCAAAGGAAUCAUA